AUGGAGGACGAAACGAUCAGGAUCGAAGAUCACCCUCUUCACUGGAGAGCCACUCUGCUGGGAGAAGAUUUCUGGAAAGACGCAGAGGAGUACCAGAGAACCAGCAAUGAUAUUGACGACCACGACCAAAUAAUCCACACCAGAUUCCCCUUCAAGAUCGGCUCAGACCAGAACCUGCGCUCUCAGGCCGCGAGCACCAACUCCAGCGUCGUCGAGUCCGUCCCUGACAACGAACACGCGAACAUUCAAAAAACACACCGACGGCGUUUCUCCAUGAGCGACGCCCUAGGACUACCCUUCACCAGAACCAGCCGUCCCAUCUUCGGCCGUCCUACCUUUUCCAUCACCUUGGCCUCCGACGACGAAGAGGAACAGGAAGAACACGCCAUCAGCGAACCCAGACGCGCCCGGUCCCAGUCUCGCGCCAUCUUCCCCAAGAAAGACGUCGAAAGACGGCGCUCGAACUCCCUCCUGCGCAGAUCCCUCCACAGAAUGAGCUUCCUGAGGAGAGAAAAGUCCUCGGAGAGGAUCACUCGUCCGCCUUCCCCUGUGCUGAUCCCAGCUGAUCAAGCCACCCCGGCUAAGCCGCUCAUGAGUUUCCGCGGUGGAGACCAGUGGGAUACUAUUCCGAAGGAUAGAAGAGUUUUAGGGCUGGACGUGUUCUGGCCUAUUGACCUCACCCAGGAGUCAGAUGACGACGACGAUGGUGAUAAUGACGACGACUCAAAACAGAGAGCGCCAACCAAACUGCCCGUCGAGGAAAUGGCCUCUCUGUGUGUCUUUCGCAACCUUCGCGUGCUGAAACUCACAGGCAUGUUGCACUCCUACCAGCAGUAUAUCUGGCAGGCGGCAUGGUUGAACACGAACCUCGAGGAGCUGGAGCUGGACAUGGCCCUGCCGCCGAGGUAUAGUCGUACUGCCGUUUACAAGUGGCCUUUUAUGAAAGGUGGAUGGCAGAUGAGCAAGGCGCACUAUGGUGAGCCGGUCUACUACGGCCAAAACGGCACCGGCACCCUCGACCCCAACAUCGGCUGGGGCGAAUACCUCGACAAACUCGCCAUUGAAAAAGCCAAAGUCCGCGCCAUGGCGACUGGACGCACGCUCAACCGUCUGUCUAUCAAGACGCUCGUUCUGACCGGCUUUGUCGUCGACGCGGACCCCUUCCUGCACUGGUUUGAUCCGCAGAGGCUCCAGUGUGUGAAUUUCAAGGAUGACUGCGUUGACGCGGGUUUCUAUCUCUGUCGCGCGAUGAAGAAGGUUAUUGUACGUUUUCCGCGUCGAGUGGAGGGGAAAAUGGUUUUUGGGAGGUGGGUGGAUCUGAAGAUGGAGCUUAGAGUUGUUGAGAUUGGGAAGGGUGGUAGUAAGGAUAGGGGAAGAAGAUUGGAUUGUGGUAAGGAGGGUGAUAAGAAGGGACGUGGAGAAGAGAGGAACAGACGGGGAGGGCAUGAUCACAAGAUGGGACAUAUCGUCAACAAGAAGAUCUAG